CGAACCAGAAAAGGGCAUGGGCAUCGCGUUCUUCAUUCUCCUCGGCCCACUUUUUUCUUUCACUUUUGAGUCCUUUCUUGGGCCACUCCAGAAGCACGAAGUCAAAUGGACCACAGGUUGGGCCCAUGGCUGACUAAAGAACCGGCUAAUCUACGCAGAUCAAACGAUUCCCCAGGCAGCGAAGGGAGGGCAGACGAGAAGUCAUGGAGAAGAAGAGUGGAAGAUCAAAAUUGAACAUCGCCAUCAUUCACCCAGACCUCGGAAUCGGAGGAGCUGAAAGAUUAAUUGUUGAUGCUGCUGUGGAACUUUCAUCCCAUGGGCAUAAAGUCCAUAUCUUUACUUCACACCAUGACAGAACCCGAUGUUUUGAGGAGACACUGGCUGGAACCUUUCCAGUUACAGUAUACGGUGCCUUCAUUCCCCGUCAUGUUUUCUAUCGACUGCAUGCAGUAUGUGCAUAUCUGAGGUGCAUUUUUGUUGCUCUUUGCUUGUUGUUGAUGUGGCCAUCAUUCGAUGUUAUACUUGCCGAUCAAGUCUCUAUUGUCAUUCCGUUGCUGAAACUGAAGAAGUCUGCAAAGGUUGUAUUCUACUGCCAUUUUCCGGAUAUGUUGCUGGCUCAACACACAACAGUUCUUAGGAGGAUGUAUCGGAAACCCAUAGACUUUUUAGAAGAAAUAACAACUGGUAUGGCUGAUUUGAUUCUGGUUAACAGCAAAUUUACUGCAUCUACUUUUGCAAAGACAUUUAAGAAUCUUGAUGCAAGAGGAAUUAAGCCAGACGUGCUUUACCCAGCAGUCAACUUAGAUCAGUUUGAUGAACCGCAUGCUUCUAAGUUGGAUUUUCUCUCUAUCAAUCGCUUUGAAAGGAAAAAGAACAUAGGUUUAGCAAUAUCUGCCUUUGCCAUGCUUCACAAACUUGAAGAGGAUGUUAUUCAAGGUGGUAAUGUGGCUAAUGCUACCUUGACAGUUGCAGGUGGUUUUGACAAACGCCUGAGAGAGAAUGUUGAAUAUCUGGAGGAAUUGAAAAGCUUAGCAGAGAGGGAAGGAGUGUCCCACAAGGUCAAGUUCGUAACGUCAUGCUCAACGGCUGAAAGAAAUACUCUAAUUUCCCAUUGCCUGUGUGUGCUUUAUACCCCAAAGGAUGAACAUUUUGGGAUUGUACCAUUGGAGGCAAUGGCAGCUCAUAAACCCGUAAUUGCAUGCAACAGCGGGGGACCCGUUGAGACUAUUAGGAACGGCAUGACUGGGUUCCUUUGUGACCCUAACCCAGUAGAGUUCUCUUUGGCCAUGGCUAAGUUCAUUCAGGACCCUCAGACGGCAGAGAGAAUGGGAGAGGAAGCUCAGAAACAUGUUGCCGAAUCAUUCUCAACUAGAAUUUUUGGGCAGCGUUUGGACCGAUUUCUUGUUGAUGUGGUUCGGGAAAAGAGGGAGUGAAUCCAAAAAAGCACAAAGGAUAUGCUGUUCUUCUUGUUGACUUGCAGGAUUUCUGGAAGGGGGCAAGGGAAAUCGCACAAAAGAUUUCUGUUAUAAGACACUAUUUAACGUGGAGUUUUAUAGUAGAACUUAAAAAAUACCAAGUACCGCUUCUGCACACAAAGAAUACGACGGUUUCUUACUGUUGUAAUUAUGCGUAGUACAAUGGUUAAAACUUGUAAAAAUAUGUUUGGGUUUUCACUUA